AACCGGCUUGUCUGAGCUGCUGAUAUAUUGCUGCUCACUUGGCUGCCCGCCUUGGGAGCCCUAUUGUUUCUUCCUCAGCCAUGGCGCUGGUUGCUGGUUCUGCUGCUUAUCAGGUGCUCAGAGGUGUUACUGGAACGUUCCCUACUCAGUCUGCAACAUUACUAGCGAGGGCCCCUGCUUUGUGCGCUCAUACUAUGAAUAGACGGAGAAUGUCUUCAAGUCAACAGACUGAUCACUUGGAGAGAACUGCAAAUACCUUUAGACAAGAGAUAAUCUCUCCUGCCAAGGUCUGUGGGAUCACCAAUGAAUCUGCAACUGUGAAAAGAGUGCGCCUUGCUAUUGCCAAUCGGGAAUUUACUUUUAAAGCAGGGCAGUGGGUAGAUUUCUUUAUACCUGGUGUGCCCAAAGUGGGGGGCUUCUCAAUCUGCUCCAGUCCAGGCCUUUUGGAAACAGAAGGAGUAUUGGAAUUAGCUGUAAAGUAUAAUCUUCACCCUCCAGCUCACUGGAUUCACUCCCAGUGCGCUCUGGGAUCAGAAGUUGCCAUACGUGUGGGUGGGGAAUUUUGCUUUGACCCUCAGCCUUCUGACCUUCCUUUGGAUCUUGUUCUAAUAGCCGGUGGAGUAGGAAUCAAUCCUUUAUUUUCUAUACUCCUACAUGUGGCGGAUCUUCACAAGACACGUGAAAUUACUGGAAGAGGUUUACAAAUGGGCAACGUGAAACUUUAUUACUGUGCCAAAAAUACUGGCGAGCUGUUAUUCAAGAGAAAUAUUCUUGAUUUGGUGAACAGCUUUCCUGGAAAGGUCACAUGCAGCUUUCAUGUCACGCAGCAGAGUUCACCGAUUUGUCGAGAGCUCCAGCCGUUUAUCACUGAGGGAAGAAUCACUGAAAAGGACCUGGCAUCAUAUGUAUCCACAGACCAGCUAUGUUAUAUAUGUGGACCUCCUCCUAUGAUCGAAUCCAUGUGCAAACAGCUACAAAGCCUUCAUUUACCAAAGGAGCGGAUUUUAUUUGAAAAGUGGUGGUAGCAGCAUAUUGACAGAGGAAUGUCUACGACUAAAUUAUCUCCAGUGUGCCCUCCUCUUCCUGUGGAUUUGACUUCCUGACACACUUGUGAUUUUUAGACAUUUUUUUAAAGGCUGCAUUUGAUAUCCGCGUAAAGGCAUUACUCCAGUGGAUGAAACACAAUCAGAUUUUAGUGUCUAUUUUUAUAUAUAUUUUAUAUAUAUAUUUAAUUUAAACAAGGUUCAUGUGUACUCUGCUUUUGUUUAGGCAGUAGUUCACUAACCUGUCCUGAGGGUCAUUCUAACCGCAGAUCUGGAUAUCUGCAUAGCAACCCAGGCCUCAAUCAUUUUCAUCAGUUGCCAUAGAGAAAUACUGUAUGUAGUUGUAAGGAUAGUUUCAAAUCCUGUAUAGAUGACGGUUUGGAAUCCACUGUGAUAAAAA